AUGCCCAGUUUGAUGAACACACAAGUCGUGCUGGUAUUAAGUUCAUUCUUUCAAAGUGAUGAUCACGAUGAUGAUAUUACUAAUCCAUACAAAAUUCGGAGACUGGAAAUAUUAUUGAAAAAGAAAUUUUUAUUGCAACAAGAAGGAAAAUUGAAAUGGUUAUUGAAUCGGGAAGCGAGAUAUGAGAGAUUCUUUCCAGUGGAGUUUAUGAAUGAUCAAGAAUUUGUGUUGAACCACAUUAAAAAGUAUAAUUAUGGAUUGGAAUAUGCAUCGGAGCCAUUGAAACGAAGUAGAGAUUUUGUAUUGAAAGUGGUUCAGCAAAAAGGCUCGGAAUUAAAAUUUGCAAGUAAAAAUAUUCUCAAUGAUCAAGAAGUAGUGCUAACAGCCAUCAAACAAGAUUUUAUUGUAUUGUCAUAUGCUUCAAGAGAACUGCAAGAUAACAAGGAAUUUGUGUUGGAAGCCAUUCGACAGAAUGGACUAGCUUUGCACUCUGCUAAAGCAGAAUUUAAGGGAGACAGAGAAAUAGUUUUGACUGCUGUCCAUCAAAAUUGUGACGCCUUUUUAAGUGCAUCCAAAGAUAUGUCAAAAGACAAACAAAUUAUUUUUGAAACAAUCAAACAAAAUAAGAAGGCACUUCGAUGGAUAUCAAAAGAUCUUCUCAAAGAUCAUGGCUUUAUGUUGGAAGUUCUAAAGAUUAUAUUUCCAGAAUUUAAAAAUUUAGAAUCUUUUGAUUAUUCUCAGAAAGAUAUAAUGCUCAACGUUGUUCGAGAGUUUGGAUUUUUGUUGGAAUUUGCAAGUGAAUCACUCAAGAAUGAUCGUGAUAAUGUUUUAAAUGCUGUCACCUCGGUUCAUUUUGCGUUAUAUGAUAAUUCACUUUGUUUUGCUCAUGAAGACUUGAGAAACGACAAGGAAAUUGUACUUGCGGCUGUAAAACAAGAUGGAUAUGCAUUACAGUUUGCAUCUGAAGAGCUAAAGAACGACAAGGAUGUUGUACUUACUGCUGUCAAUCAAAGCCGAUGUGGUUUUUGCUAUGCAUCUGAUGCCAUGAAGGAGGAUAAGGAAGUUGUGUUGACUGCUGUCCAUCGACAUGUGCAUACCUUAUCUGGGGCUGAAAAGUUUAGAAACGAUAAAGAUGUGGUAUUAGCAGCUGUACACAAAGAUGGGCUUUCUCUAUGUUAUGCAUCCAACGAGAUGCAGAAUGACAGACAAGUUGUAUUAACAGCGAUAAGACAAAAUGGCUUCGCUCUCAAGUAUGCAGGUGAGAAGAUGCAAAACGAUCCAGAACUUGUUUUGGAAGCUAUCCAACAAGUAGGGGGUUAUUGGUAUUACUCUCAAGUAUUGCAAUACGCUUCCAGUGAACUAUUGAGCGACAAACAAUUCUUGUUAAAAGCGAUCAAGCUUGGAUGUGAAAAUAUUCUAGAAUUUAUACCAAUGCCAGAACUUGCAGACGACAAGGAAUUUGUAUUAGCAGCAUGCAAACACAAUGCUCUUGGUAUCAUUGGAGACUAUUACAUUUAUUCAGACAAGGAAAUCUUGUUACAAGCUGUGAAAAAUAAUGGAUUUGCAUUGCGAUAUGCCAGCGAAGAGUUGCAACAAGAUUCAGAACUUGUGAUGGAAGCACUCAAAUGCAAUGGACAUGUGUUGGACUACACUGAUGAAUUAUAUCAAGAAAGAAUGAAACAUUGUUAUCAUGAUGCAUAUUUGGGUACAAUUACACGAUAA